UUUCUGACAAACCGUUGUGGAAUUCUAAACUACUCUAAUUUGGGACGGGAAUAGAAUUCGGGUGCAAAGAGGCGGGCGCAUUUCCCUAGCAGUUCGGUUUCCAAUGGCAUGUUCAUAGGAUGACAGUAAAGUGUGUGAGGUCCCAACCGAAGAAGCUAGGAGGAUUUUCAGGAGAGCAAUGGAGAAAACCCGAAAGCAGGCGAUUACGGCCGGUAAUCCGACUGUAUUGCAGAGCCAGAAGUUACAAGAGUAUAUAUUGAAAACUAGUGUGUACCCAAGAGAACCAAAUGCUCUCAAGGAACUGAGGAUUGCUGCUUCAAACCACCCCAUGGCUUUCAUGAGCACUUCACCGGAUUCCGGUCAGUUCAUGGCCCUUCUCUUGAAGCUGGUGAAUCCAAAGACGGCAAUUGAAAUCGGAGUUUUUACCGGCUACUCUCUUCUCCUCACGGCUCUCACAAUUCCUGAUGAUGGCAAGAUUACGGCCAUAGACAUCGACCGAAAAGCAUACGAAAUGGGGUUGCCAAGUAUCAAAAAAGCUGGCGUCGAAAGCAAAAUCGACUUCAUUGAGUCCCCAGCUAUGCCAAUUCUUGAUAAACUCUUAGAAGACCCAGAGAAGGAAGGGAGUUUCGACUUUGCUUUCGUUGACGCGGACAAGAACAACUACUGGAACUACCACGAAAGGCUAAUCAAACUGAUUAAGGUUGGCGGGAUGGUAAUGUAUGAUAACACACUCUGGGGAGGAACAGUUGCUUGGCCGGAAGAGGAUGUUCCGGAGGCCAAAAGGGAGUGGUGGCGGUGUGCAAUUGAGUUUAACGAAUUGGUUUCCGCUGACGCUCGCGUCGAAAUUUCCCAGGUUCCGUUGGGCGACGGGAUCACAAUCUGCAGGCGCGUUUGCUGAUCUAGUAGAACAAAAUACUUGAUAAGCAAGUAUUAUGCAUAACUAGGGUUCCAUAUUUACAAAAUUAUAUUGUCAAAUAUUUAGUAUUAUGUUAAUCUGAAGGUCGAGAGAAGUAAUAACAAUACGUAAAAAUAUAUAAAAUAAGGUUGUAUUGUUGCUACUUCGGACCAAACUACAUGUGAAAUAAAAAAAGCAAAGCCUAAAAUUUGCUUUGCUUUUGGUGGUGCUUGGUUUAUUUUUGAUUCGUCUUGUAUAUUUUAUGUUUGUUUCAGUAUAUUUGUAUUGGCCCUUUGUGGUUGUGGGUUGUAGAUGUAUGUUUUUCUUCUGAAGUUGUAUUCACCGUUUUAUAAUUAG